ACCGGUUACAUUAUCAGUGAUAUUCCAACAGUUAGUCAGUAAUGUGAAGACACGCCUUCGCGACAACAAUUCAACGAGUGGAACGGUUAUAAAUUUCUGGGUUGACACGAACGGUCAAAAAAUUUAAUUCAACAUUUUUCCUUAAUGUGAUGCGGUUUCAAUUUUUUCCCCCAGAAACGUGCAUUGCAGUGAAGUAAGAUAUCAGCUGUUCACUGUUCUAGACGACCUACACACAAUCUCGGAUACGGCUGCGUGAGGUGUGUUCCCUUCUCCUUUCCCCGUAUGACCUUUUGAAAUUUUCAUUCAUCGUUUUUCGAACCACGCUGUCCUUCGUAUCUGUAUGCAUUAUUGUUUGCUCAAAGUUCUGCGCGAUAGUGUUGUGACAUCAUAGUCGGUCGUCAAGGGUCGAUUCUGCGCAUUGUUCAUCGAGCAGCUGUCAGCUGUGGAUGCACAUUUGUUGUAUCUCAGGCUGGUUGUUUCAAAUCGUUCCAAUUCAUAAGCAUACGCGAAGCCAUCAUAUCUGAUACAGUGGUUGAUUUGUUCUAAUUACGAAUGAUUCAAAAGUGCUAGUGAAUGUCCUCUUUCGGGAUCACUAAAUCCUGGAAUCUUAUCCUUCAAGGUUCUGCCGAUCAUCAACACAGCAGGAGACAUAUUUGUUAUGGAAUGUGGUAUCAGAUGUGACUCGUCCAAAUCGUUCAACGCGGGAUGGCUCCUACCGAAAACGACACUCGGUACAACUCCGAUCGAUUAUCGCGCGAACAGUCACUCAAAGGCGAAGCUCUCGAGGCUCAACCAUUAUCUGCCGAUGGACGAAUACAGUGUGGAUCGGUUCCCGAUAGAAAUAUCACCUGGGGAGAAGGACUGCCACAAAUCCUGGCAACAUUUGCGGUGAACAUGCUUGUUGUGCAGGCGGGAAUAAAUAUGACCUAUUCCGCGAUUCUACUGCCACAACUUUCCACCCCGGACAGUCCGAUUCCAAUCAACCAAGAUGAAGCCUCAUGGAUUGCGAGUGUUGUGACAAUCGCCUUACCGUUGGGUUCGCUUGCCGUUGGGCAGCUAAUGGAUCAGUACGGACGCAAGAGGGUUUCACUCGCGACCUGUUUGCCGUUUGCUAUCGGCUGGGCGUUGAUAGCACUCGCUCGGGACGUCAAUGUGAUCUACAUUGCCAGGAUAAUUUUGGGCAGCUCGGGGGGAUUGACAACCGUGGCUUUGGUGUACGUGAGCGAACUCUCGCACGUCUCCAUGAGGUCGAUGCUUCUCUGUUUGAAUAGCGUGUUCGUUUCAUUUGGGAUCUUGUUGACAUGUAUUCUUGCUAUUUUCUUGGAUUGGCGUUCGAUUGCGAUUGUGUUCACAGUCUUCUCAGUUGCAACAUUUUUCCUUAUAUUGAUCAUUCCAGAAUCUCCACAUUGGGUAUUAACAUUCACAAAGCGCGAUCGUUCCGAGGUGCGGAAGAUUAUGGCCUGGGUUUACAGAGAUAAAUCACUAGCAGAAAAUCAGUACUGUCAGCUGAUUUCAACAGAUUCAAAUGCUAGUCCAUCUUUUGCACCCAAACGAUUCUCAUUGAAGUCGUACUUCCACCCACGUGUCCAUCGGCCACUCUCAACGUUGGUUAUGCUCUUCCUGUUCCAGCAAUUAUCUGGAGCCUAUGUGUUGAUUUUCUACGCGUUAAACGUCUUUUCGGAAAUCGGAGGCUCUCAGACAAAGAGUUUCAAUGAAUACAACGCAUUGGUAUUGCUGGGUUUGAUUCGAUUUGUUAUGUCGAUUCUAACAUCCGGUUUCUCCCGCAAAUAUGGCCGACGCCCAUUGCUGAUCGUAUCCGGGAGUCUGAUGGGUAUCUGCGCCACUGUAGCGGCACUCUAUAUUCAGUUUGUUCGCAGAGCGGGUCGAGAAACGAAUGCCCCAUUGGGAAGCUAUCUACUGCUAGUGUGUGUGCUGGGUUACGUUUGUUUCAGCGCUCUCGGCUUCCUCGUGAUACCGUGGACCAUGAUCGGAGAGGUCUUGCCGACGGACGUGAAGGGAAAACUAGGAGGGUUUGUCGUAUCCGUUGCGUACGUGCUGAUGUUCGUUGUGGUGAAGGCGUUCCCUUACUUGUUGGGACUUGUGUCCAUUCAGGGGAUUUUCUACCUCUACGCGAUAGCUAGCUUCGCCGGGGUGUUUUACAUCUACGGAUGGGUGCCGGAAACCUUCGGCAAGAGCUUUAAAGAAAUCGAGGAGUAUUUUGCGAAAAAUGACUGAUAUAGAUAGUGUAAUAAUAGAAAUGUGGAGGUACUUAAAGAGAUUUGAGAGAAAAUCUUGCUCGGAAAAUAUGUCUUCCAACAGUGUAGUACAAUAAUAGCAAUAAUAUUCAGACGAAAACACGCCGAUUUUUACAACAAUACGUUGGUUUCGUGAUACAAUACAGUACAACGAUAUAUAGAAACGAAAAUAAUGCAUCAUUUAUAUACGUUGAACUCGUAAAUUACUAGAAAUAAGCUUCGACGAAACAAUAAAAAGACAUGAUUUGCAAUAGUAUAUAUA